AUUACCUAGAUUUAUUGCAAUAACCAUUAACCAAUAACCAUUUUUUUUUUCUAACCAGCAUUGUAUGGGUUAAACCGGCAGUCGUAAAUAUGCGUCACGGUGACGUUUUCUUUGUACACGGAAGAAACCGGAGAAACCAGCGGAGGACAGGGAGAGCGUCUCACAAGACGGGUCUCGCUCGGUGAAUUCAAUGCUGUGAGACACAAACCAGCUGCUUUCGAAGACGUCACGUUUACCGCGGACACGAAUUCACAUCAGUUACCGUAAAGAAUUCACGGUAAACCCGUUUCACUAUCGAGCAACUCUAUCAAGUUGCAUCUGUAACAUUUUCGAGCGCAACAGCACACGUCAUAAAGUGCCUCUCCUCCAUGCAUGGUGGGUCUUAAGCAAUGCUCCAGAGAAGAUGGGACAAGCUCUGUGUAUCUGCUCACGCAGUGCCAUCACAUUUGACAACAAGAGAUACUACUUCAUCCAGAAACUAGAUGAAGGAGGUUUCAGCUAUGUGGAUCUGGUAGAAGGUGCACAUGAUGGCCGCUUCUAUGCUCUAAAGCGGAUCCUUUGCCAUGACCGCGAGGGCCGCAAGGAGGCUCAGACCGAGGUGGAGAUGCACCGCCUCUUCAACCACCCCAACAUCCUCAGCCUGACCUCACACACCUUCAUGGAGCGCGGCGGGAAGUGUGAGGCCUGGCUGUUGCUCCCAUACAUCAGUAAGGGAAGUCUGUGGGCUGUUCUGGAGAAGCUGCGGGAUAAGGGGAGCUCUAUGCCUGAGAGCCGCAUACUGCACAUUCUGCAUGGCAUCUGUGAAGGCCUCAAAGCUAUUCACGACAAAGGCUAUGCACACAGGGACUUGAAACCCACCAAUGUUUUACUAGAUGACAACGAUCAUCCUUUUUUAAUGGACUUGGGCUCCAUGAACAAGGCCAAGAUUGAAGUUCGAGGUUCACGGGAGGCCAUGACGGUCCAGGAUUGGGCCGCUCAGAGGUGCACCAUCUCCUACAGAGCACCGGAGCUCUUCAAUGUGGAGAGUCACUGUAUCAUUGAUGAGAGAACAGAUAUUUGGUCACUGGGUUGUGUGCUGUACUGCAUGAUGAUGCUGGAGGGACCGUAUGACUUGAUUUUUCAGAAGGGUGACAGCGUGGCUCUCGCCGUCCAGAAUCCAGUCUCCAUUCCUCAGCCAUGCAGUUAUUCUCAGCUCUUCAAACCCUCCUCAGCUCCACUAUGGUGACCAAUCCUCAGGAAAGGCCCAGAAUCAGCUGGGUCCUUGACCAGGUCCAGAACCUUCAGGACUCAAACGGUACAGACGUAGAUACCAACAGAGUAUGACGCUUCCAGUGAGAUUUCAUGUCUGGUUUCCAGUGGACUCUGGACAUUUUGGACUAUGCACGCUCUCUCUUUUGGACAAAAACAACCCACUGAACUCACAAGCCUUGCAAACAUUUGCUCAGUCUUACCUCAGUGAACUCAGCACACCACAAUUACACAUUCAAACACGAUCACACUAGCCUUUGCAACAAUGUCUCCUAUUUCACCCCAAAAUCCAUAUUGAGCAAUUAAAUUAUUUUAUGAUUUUGGAGUAAAAUAUGAACAGGGCACGUUCCUGAUUUUCCUGAUUCACUGUUAAUGCACGCAAACCACACAACAGAGGGCAAUAGCUGUAUUUGCUGUACUGGCUGCAUUAUCACAGGCACCGGAUAUGUAUCAUCAAACACAAAAGUUUUUCCAGAUUGUACUUUGGCUUAUUUAUUAGCUUGUACAUUUUAAUGACCCAAAACCAAUAUAUAUUUAUGAGGGUUUUGAUUGGAAUUUUAGCUGUUUAAAAUGACAUUAUUUAGGUUAUUUAAACAAAAUUUCUGCUGAUAAAGCAAGACAAGUAGGACUUUGUGUUGCAAAGACAAAAAGCUGUGAUACUGCUAUUGGACUUCAUUUGUGAAACAGAAUUCUGAUGUAUGUUGUAGCAUUGAAAAAUUGUUCUGCUCUUGUUUAAUUAAGGAAAAUGCUUGAAAAUUUAUGGAUUAAAGAAUAAGCAAUUUUAAGCAACUAUAGCGCUCAGCUUUUAUCAGCGAGUGAAAGUGGGGUUAGGUACGCUACGCUCAGUAUUUCUUUCAGACUUGGAGAGGAUGUAUAAAAAAUGGUCAAACUUAGUUCACAUUACUUUGCAAAAAGGAUGCGCCCACUUUUCUUUUUUUAACAGGUACACAUUUGUUUCAUUUAGUAUAAGUUUCUUUAAUUGCUUACAGUAUUAAGGUGUUCGUCCAAAAAAAAAAAAAAAAACAUGUAUAUAUAUAUAUAUAUAUAUAUAUAAAUAUAUAUAUAUAUAUAUAUAUAUAUAUAUAUAUAUAUAUAUAUAUAAUUUGUGUAUGUAUAAAAUGUAUUUAAGUAUGCAAUUUAGUUGAGAAAGAUAUCCACAUGCCUAGAGACAAUUUCUGAUUAUUAUGUCUGAUAAUGCUCGGCUAGGAUGAAUCUCAAAAUGUAUAUAAUAUAUAUAUAUAUAUAUAUAUAUAUAUAUAUUAUUCAGAUUUACUGGUUGGUUUUCGGGGGCUCUUCAUUUUGACGUUGUGUUUCUAAAGGAUGUUUUAACUUGCACAUGAAAUUCUGUCCAAGUUUGCUUCUGUUCAGGAAUUCUUAAUUAUGCAAGCUUUUUAAUUUAUAGGAUUUAAGACUGGAGGCAUGUAUUUUGGCAUUCAUUUACGUGUAUUUCUUUCUUUUUAUAAAUGGUUAAUAAAGUGUGACUGAAACAGUGA